AUGAUCCGCUCCUUUGUGCACAAGGCCAUCUACGAGCCGCUGGACCCGACGUCGGGCCAGGCGAAGCGCGACUACAAGAUCAACCAGCCGCCCGACGGGGGCAAGAACCCGGCGCGACCGGUGCGCAUCUAUGCCGAUGGCGUCUACGACCUCUUCCACUACGCCCAUGCGCUGCAGCUCCGCCAGGCCAAGCUCAGCUUCCCCUCGGUCCACCUCAUCGUUGGCGUCGUCUCGUCGCGCCUCUGCGCACAGCACAAGAACAAGCCCGUGAUGAGCUCCGCCGAGCGGUACGCGGCCGUGCGCAACUGCCGCUGGGUCGACGAGGUCGUCGAGGAUGCGCCCUGGGUCAUUAACCAGGAGCUCCUCGACCUCUACCGCAUCGACUAUGUCGCCCACGACGAGGUGCCGUACGGCGGCACAGACGGUGCCGAGGACAUCUACAAGUUUGUAAAGGACCAGGGUCGCUUCCUCCCCACCAAUCGCACGCCCGGCGUGUCGACGAGCGAGCUCCUGGCGCGCAUCGUCGAACAGUACAGGGAGCACGCCUAUGACGGCAAGCUCGUCAAGAUCGGACAUGCAGAACUAGCGUUCAAGUGA